AACUAUAAAUAUGAUAUUAGAUUUGACCAUUAGAGAAAUGUAUGCAUCUGUGGAUAGUCUUGCUAGUGGUUAAGGAGAUGGCUGCUUGUUUAUUUCUUGACAAAAAUUAUGCAUAGAAUAAAAAAAAUUAAGAAAGCCCAAUGCAGGAUUUAUACUUGGCAAAUUACUCGUAGCAAAAUAAAGAUCCGAUAAUCACAACCGCGGAAGAACAAAGCAUUGUUUAAAAUCAUUUAUCAUGACACCGUACGAUUGACAUGUAAUUGUUGCCUCAUAUAAUAUAACUUGAAAUAUCCAAAAAAUCCAUAGCGACAUAUUGAAGUUUUGUUUGUAACAAAGGUCAUUGCAUUGUAUAAAAAGUUGUUGUGAGUCAUGAUGCGUAUUCUUUGCACCCACACACCUCUGCGUCACGAGACGGUGAACGCUCUUGAAUCCUUGUCUUUCUUGGCGAAUUGUCUGAUAUAUCUGUGGUAUUAAACAGUAUAAAAACUUUAGAAAACCGAGAUCAACGAAGUUGAUCUUUGAAGAAACUUAUUGGUAAAUGAAUAGUCAUACAUACGACUAAAUAAAAAUAAAAUGCAAAAUCUAGCUGGUUGAUGUAAAUACGACCGAUGUGCAUAUAUGUAAAAUGUUGUUUUAUAUUGUGUACAUGUGUUUUACUAGUACUCUUGGUAUAGGUAUUGAUUAUUACUAUGAAGUUGAUAUUGCAAACCAAAGUAAUCUGUCUACUUCUGGAACAAAUUAUUCAGUACAAAAUGAAACUGAUAAAUCCAUCGAUGAAAGUGACGUCGAUUAUGAAAGAAAUGAACAAGUCAAAGUAUUUUACUAUGUCACUAAAGUCACUACGGAAAGUACAACUCAGAAGCACAAUGUGAGUUUUCUUGAUUCGAUAAAUUCUAACACACAAGAAAUGUUGCUUAACGAGAAUAAUUUUUCGUCGAAACCAAUAUUAGACAUAUUCAAUGAAUAUGAAUACAUCUAUGAUGAUGAAAAAUAUCAAAUGAGAAAUGGCGAAUUUGUGUCUAAAGAGAAGGAAGAAGGUAGAAAUCCAAGAAUAUACUAUAGUAGAAAUGAUACAAGAAAAAUGAAGAAAAACAAAUCCGAUAUAGUUAAACUGAAGCUACUAGAUUAUUAUACUUUAGAACCGGCUGCGGCGUACGUCACCUUGAAAGAUGAUAAAUAUAUCGAGGCAAAUGGAAGCAUAUGGUAUGUCCCACAGGAUAUCCCGUGUUGGGAACUACCGAUUUUGUACGGUGAAUUAGGACAUAAAGAACAAAUAUCAGAUGUAUUCUCAAUUCAUCGAGGAUAUCUCAAAAAUGUUUUACACCAUAAUAAGAAAAACAAAAUUUCUAGAAAAGACGGAUAUUCUCCUGGUACACAAAUGUUCAAUAAAUGGUGUGGCAUCGAACCUUGUUAUGGAGACCAUACACUUUGUCUAUUCCCUGAUAAAACUAUAUCCAUAUUUUGUGAAAAAGGGUAUACUGUGAAGACUCCUACCAUAUCCGAGCAAAUAGCACUUGUAAACACAGUAAAUUCUAUGAGAAACCGUAUAGCUUCAGGGGAGUCUAUUAGAUAUUCGCAUUUACCACAGGCAGCUAAUAUGAUGCAAAUUACAUAUGAUUUUGAUUUGGAGAAAAUGGCACAGGCUUGGCUUAGUCAGUGCCUGCCCGGGCCGGCACCUUGCUCCGCCCUUGAGGGCAACUACGUCUCUGAACUCGAAUGUAUGAAAUACAUGCAAAAAUGUUGUUUAAACUCAUAUAAUACGGAUACCGACUGCACGCCUUCAUCUGAAUGUUUUGUACUGGCCGCUGUUGGAUGCAUACAUGCAUGGUAUUGGAGUGCUGGGGAAGACCUCAGCGAAACUGAUAUUCAAUGUGGCCAUAUAGAACCGGCAACGUUUAACACCGUACAGUUGAUAUGGGCAAACUCGCAUAAAAUAGGAUGUGCCUUUGGCAUAAAUAGAAACAGUGAUGUAAGAGUGGUCUGUAAUUUUUCACCAGGCGCACCUUAUUUUUUGAAACGUAAAUUUUUCUGUGGAUUAUUACCUCAUAGAGAUAUCACCAGUGCUCUAGAGGCAACGUUUGAUUUUACAAAUUCAACUUUCUUAUCGGCUAUAGGAAUUAAUUUAGAUGAAAUGAAUGACACAAAUACUAAUUAUGAUGCUAAAGUACAUGUAUUAGAUGAAAAGUUACUUGCAGAAAUAAAUAGUGUACCGCAGACGGCGUCACAUUGGGGUGUUCAUUCUCUAACCAGUAUAUACCAAGAAGGAUGGGUUUCUCGUGUUUUAGACAAAUUUCAGAAUGGAACGAAAGGUAUGGUCGCUCGUGUGGUGACACAAUUUACUUUUUUCGAAGAGAGUGAAGCUAGAUGUGAUACAGAGGAACCAGUUUACGUGAAAGGUGAACCUGCUUCUCUUUGUGUAGAAAGAGGUAGAAGAUAUCCGGCCUUGUGCUAUCAUUUCGGAGAUCCAACUCCAGGAUACAGAUUGGUGGCUAUUAUAGCUCCUAUUACUUUGUUCUCUUUAAUUCUAUACGAUUUGUUCAGUGGUGCGGUAAGACAAACUGUUCAUUAAUAAAUGUAUUGCUUCCUCGA